AUGGAUCAAAUGUACCUUGGAAGUGGAGUAGUAGCAACCAAGGACAUGGAUAUUAUACUACUUGCUGGAUCAACUGUUGGUGGUGGCUCGACGAUAAAUUGGUCAGCUUCGAUUCAAACUCCACAACAUGUACUAAAAGAAUGGUCCGAAAGUUACAAUCUUAAACUGUUUGAAAGUGAACUCUACAAGGAGGCUAUGAAGAUUGUGUGUGAAAAAAUGGGAGUUCAGUCUGAAAUUGAAGAUGAAGGGUUCCAAAACAUGAUUUUGAGAAAAGGGUGUCAAGAAUUAGGAUAUCCAGUGGAAACAAUCCCUACAAACGCACCCUCGGAUCAUUAUUGUGGAUGGUGCAGCAUGGGUUGCAAAGAUGGGAAGAAAAAAGGCACAGCUGAGACAUGGUUAGUCGAUUUGGUGAAAUCAGGUAAUGGUGCAAUACUUCCUGAGUGUGAAGCAUUGGAAGUGAUCCAUGAAGAAAAGAAUGACAAUUCAGGAAAACAUAAAGCCAUUGGAGUUACUUUUGCAUUUCAAAAUAUUGAAGGGAUGAGAGAAAUUUGUAUGGUGAAAUCAAAAGUCACAAUAGUAGCUUGUGGUGCUCUUAGCACUCCUUCAUUGCUCAAGAGGAGUGGCUUAAAGAAUCCAAAUAUUGGCAGAAACUUACACCUCCAUCCAGUCGUCAUCGCUUGGGGAUACUUUCCAGAUUCACCAUCAACAUCUAAUGAAAUAUGGCCAAAAGCAGAGAAGAAAAGUUAUGAAGGAGGGAUAAUGACAGCCAUGUCUAAAGUCGUGGCGAAUUUCGAAGGAUCAGGAUAUGGUGCAGUCAUACAGACACCAGGAUUGCACCCUGGAAUGUUUUCAGCACUAAUGCCAUGGGUUUCAGGCAUAGAUAUCAAGAUGAGGAUGAGCAAAUAUUCAAGAACAGCGUGUAUCUUCGCAUUGGCAAGGGACAAGGGAUCAGGGGAAGCACUUUCACCAUAUUCAAUAUCUUACAAGUUGGAUCAAAUUGAUGAAGAAAAUCUAAAAGUAGGCCUAGAGAAGACACUAAGAAUCUUGGCAGCUGCUGGUGCAGAAGAGAUUGGAACUCAACAAGAAAAAGGGAGGAGUUUGAAGGUGAAAGAUGCAAGUUUGGAGGAGUUUGAGAGGUUUGUGAAAGAAGAAAGUUCAAUAGGAAUUGGAAAACAUUCAGUUCCUAUAUGUUCAGCACAUCAAAUGGGAAGUUGUAGAAUGGGAACUGAUCCAACAAAUUCAGUGGUUAAUUCCAAAGGAGAAACAUGGGAAGUAGAAGGUUUAUUUCUUGGUGAUUCAAGUGUUUGUCCAACAGCUAUUGGAGUGAAUCCAAUGGUCACAAUUCAGGCCAUUUCUUACUGCACUGCACAAUCUGUGCUCCAACUUCUAAAGAAUCAAAAGUUGGAGUAA